AUGGAUCACAAAGAGUAUGCAAAGGUCAUCUGCAUCCUAGAGUGGCUUGCCUGCUCCUGUCGGCUCAUGAAGAUGCGCGAGGUGCAGGACGGGAUCGUCUUCCACGUCGACAAUAUGGUGCUAGACGAUGAAACGAAGCUUUCUCCCGCCGUGUUGGAUCUCUGCAAACCGCUCAUUGAAGAGGGCCCAAACAAGACGAUUGACUUCGUACAUUACUCAGCCAAAGAAUUCAUCCUCGACGAGGUUAGUGGGCCGUUACUGCAAGAGUCCCAGGCACAUUACAACAUUGCUUUCUCGUGUAUCACGUACCUAAAUACGGCCAUCUACUUUCUCGCACUCGGUCCAUUCGAGGGUCUUGCGAAAGUAAGAGUUGCCAAAGGCUCCCAUGGCUUGCACAACCAUGCGAAUGAGUAUUGGUUCCAACAUAUACUCCAAUGUGUCCGAGAUCUCAUCAAUUUGGACUCAAGCGGCAUCAUGGUCUCAGCUUUACGCACGUUUCAAGAACGAUAUUGGAAAGGCAAGUCAGGUCAUGCAGCCCAGAGUCUCAAAUUGGAUGACACUACGACCGCGAAUGAGAUAUGCAAGGAGCUCGCUGUGCUCAGCGACCUCGACCAUGUCCGACAGAUGGGAACCGAUGUGCAAACAUUUCGCGCACAUUUAGUCCAAGAGAGGCACGCGCAUAAAGUCGCAGAAAACCAUCACGCCUACGAGCUGGAGCACGACCCUACGCUUUUCAGCCAGAUCAGCCGCCGCUACCAAGAGGUGGUUCUCUUCCUUCUGACUAGCAAGCUUGACGGCGUGCCGCCGAGCAUUGAUCAGGAAACACUCGCCACGUUUAGAAAAGCCCGUAACAACCACGAACUGAGCCAUUUCAAGAAGCUUCGAUGUGCCGACACGACCUGCGAGUUCCUCGUUCGAGGCUUCGCCAGUAGAACGGGGUUACUGAAGCACAAUCGCCAUCCUAGCCCAGAUGAAGUGCAGUUGCCGGAAUUUGUGCCUAUCAGACCUCAGAACCCCCCGGCGGGACCUCCUUCCGUGCCACCACCCCUACCAGCCGCGAACGUGCCUCCUCCCUGUAGCCCUACACCCACAUCCGUCGAGAUAUCUCCGAUUUCGGUUCCAGAAUCAUCACCAGUCAAGAAAGUGAGGCAGAAAAGAGGCAAACGAGGGCUUCCUGUCCAUAACUGUGAAUUCUGUGGCAAGGUAUUCAUGAGAGCAGAGGCUCUGAGGUAUGUCUAUCCGUCUGUGGACGUGUUCUAUAAAACUCACAUCGGAUGUCAUCAAGACGCCACCAACUCAACCAUGUACCUUCUGGUUUCCGCUGUCCGCAUGAGCAUUGCGGCAAGGAGUUUCACAGGGAAGAUAUGUACGAACGGCAUCUCAGCGAACAGUAGGUUAAUUCCCCCUUAUUCAAGAAACAUCAACGAUCUGAGCCAAAGCAGUCACCAAAGCGAAUAA